AGUCUGGGGUUUCGCAGUCAAUUACACUUUACACUCGCUAACAUUCAACGUUCUCUUGUUUCAUUACCUUGCUAGUCUGCCAGAGUGAAGAUGCUCCGCUCAUCGUGCAUGCUCGUGCUCGGCUUUGCGGCUGUUGCGUUUGCGCAGGAAUCAACUUACACAGGGCCCAUGUUCAACCCUUCAGAUGCGGCCUUCUUCGCAUCAACCGGUCUGGUGAUUCCCACGCAGACCGAUCUCCCUGCCAUCGCACCUACCGAUGCUUUCAGCAUGGCCACUACAAUCUCUGGCAUCAUCCUUCCGUCAACACUGUCGCGUUCGUCGGUGACAUCAUCGCGUUCUGCAAGCAGCUCCGCUUCGUCGAGCGCAUCUUCAAGCGCAUCGAGGACAGCAAGCAGUACUGUCACGCCUCCAGCUAGCUCAGCAUCGUCAUCAGGUCCUGCGCAACAGAGUACGGGAGCUGCUGUUGCAAACCGUGUUGGUGUCGUGGGCGCUGUUGCUGGUGGAUUGCUUGCUGGGCUGGUACUGGCUUGAAAUAAUGAUGGGAUAUGACAUGUGAUACAUGGUGUCGGAUAACAGCAACAUUCACGAAAACUUGGAUGCAGGAACGGAGUUAAUAUUCAUGCUGUACAUGAUCCUAGACACGUGAACAACCCGUGACUUCUUGAGCCAAGACUGCCCAGCUGUUAUGAAGGUGAUGUUCAAUCUUUCGAGCCCUAAAUUGUUGUAGAGACCACAUUCACG